AUGGCAGAACCUGUAGAGUUUAUGGACUGUGAAGAAGAGAACGAAGGCGAGGAAGUCUUUGAUAUAGAAGACUGUGAUGACGAGUAUAAGAAAUUUGACUCAACCAUUGGCCAUAUUGAAGACAUCAUAAUGGGAGAUGAGUUUCAGGGGCUGCAAAAUAAUUUCAUGGAGAGAUAUCACCACGAAUUUGAGGAUGUAGAUGAGAAUAAAUUCGUGUACUCCGAUAUACAUAGGGAAUAUACGACGAUCAUCGAAACUUACCUGACGCAGAAACUAACUCAACUGAUCCCAGAUUUCUCAAUGGGAGAGUUUCUCAACGAAGUGAAAGAAACGGAUUUGGACUAUUGCGAGGUGUUUGAGAUCCUCUCAUCUUUCUCUGAUUUCUCUCUAUUCAAAGAAGCCAUGCUCCAAUACAAAAAGAGUAAAGAGAAUGAUUAUAGCGAUAUAUGUCUGGGUGCGGUCACAGUCAGGCCCAUAAUAAAAUUUCCUGCUAAGUCAGUAACAACCACGGUUUCGAAACAGCAACUUCAACAGCGCGUACAGAAUUUAAAAAAUUUUAACCACCAGACGAAAGAACCUUUCGGAAACGUCGUAAGGAGUAACCCCGCAGCAAAUAGAGACAGAGUUAUUACGAAAGAAAUGGCGAAUUCGACAGGCACUGACGUCAUCGUUAAAACUAGGGAUGGGCAAGGUGAUGGAAAUUAUUUUAAAAACAGUACUCGUAACGAAGAUGACAGCGAUUGUUUUAUGAAAAUCGAAAAACUUGAUUUAGGAAUGUGA